GUUUGUUUCUCCAUAGAAUAAUAUACUGCUAGUAGUACUAGGUAGGUGCUACUGUUGUUGUGUUCGUUGAAAUACACACACACACGACACGCGUAAUCCCAUUUUUCUGGGUUCUCAAUCAUUCCUUCCCUUUUCACACCCAAAUUUCAACUUUUAAUUAUUACUAGUUAUCUCAGAAGCUUGAUGGUCUUGCUGUUGAUUUGAAUGAAUUUGACGUGAUUUUAUGGGGAAUAUACUCGCUCCUAACAAUACCAAGGCUGGGGAGAGGGCUCCAAUAAGCGAGGUUUUGCCGGGUGAAGCUUGCAAGAGGCAGAGAUUAUUGUCAACAUCUUAUGAGGAUAACUCAAGACUCAUACCUUCCCUUCCUGAUGAGAUAUCAGUUCAGAUUCUGGCUAGAGUUCCUCGCAUCCGUUAUUUGAAUCUCAAGUCGGUUUCUCGUGCUUGGAAGGUGGCCCUUGCGAGUUCUGAACUAUUUUGUUUAAGAAAAGAACUUGGAACAGCAGAGGAGUGGCUGUACAUAUUGACAAAAGUCAAUGACGAUAAACUUUUAUGGUAUGCCUUAGACCCUCUUUCUGGAAGAUGGCAAAGAUUACCUCUAAUGCCAAAUGUUUUUGUUGAAGAUGAAGCCAAAAAGGGUCUUGCUGCCAUUCCCCGUCGGAUGUGGAACAUGUUGGGUUCAAGUAUCAGAAUUGCUGAUGUUAUUAUGAACUGGCUUAGAAGGAAAGAUGCCUUGGAUCGGAUGCCGUUUUGUGGUUGCUCCAUUGGAGCUGUUGAUGGCUGCAUCUAUGCUUUAGGUGGAUUUUCUAAAGCUUCGGCUAUGAAAUCUGUUUGGCGGUAUGAUCCUGUUAAAAACUGUUGGACUGAGGUUAGUCCAAUGUCAGUUGGCAGAGCUUACAGCAAGACAGGUAUAUUGAAUGGUAAGCUUUAUGUUAUUGGAGGGGUUACUAGGGGUCGUGGUGGAUUGAAUCCCCUUCAAUCUGCAGAAGUAUUUGAUCCGCACACUGGUACGUGGUCCCCGUUACCAAACAUGCCUUUUGCAAAAGCUCAGAUACUACCAACUGCUUUUCUGGCUGACUUGCUCAAGCCUAUUGCCACAGGAAUGACUUCAUACAGGGGAAGGUUGUAUGUUCCUCAGAGUUUGUAUUGUUGGCCAUUUUUUGUUGACGUUGGGGGAGAAGUUUAUGAUCCAGAUAUAAAUUCUUGGCUUGAAAUGCCAGUUGGUAUGGGCAACGGUUGGCCGGCAAGGCAAGCUGGAACAAAAUUGAGUGUUACUGUCAAUAAUGAUUUGUAUGCACUUGAUCCUUCAAGCUCUCUCGGCUCUGCAAAGAUUAAGGUAUAUGACGAGGAAGGUGAUACUUGGAAAGUUGUUGCGGGAGAUGUUCCUAUUCACGAUUUUGUUGAUUCAGAAUGUCCUUAUCUUUUAGCUAGUUUACUUGGAAAACUUCAUGUGAUUACUAAAGAUGACAAUCACAACAUUGCAGUGUUGCAAGCUGACAUGCAAAAUGAUUUAGCUUCCUCCCAGUCGUUGUCAUCAUCGCCGGAUAGCUCAUUCAGCGAACUUGCUGAAUCAUCAGAAGAAUCAGAGACAGACAUUUGGAGGGUUUUUGCUUCUAGGAGUGGUAGAUCUGCUGAGCUAGUUAGCUGUCAAUCCCUUAAAGUUUGACUUUUGGAGGUAAAGUCCUCUAGUGGUUCUGAUUUCAGAUCAUUAUAUGCAUGUAUUGGCUGGUGUCAUUGCGUUGCGGUUAACCCACAAUGUUAAUGAGAAUUUCAAAUUGUAAGUGCUUGAUCCAUAAGAUGCAAUUUCACAUCUCAUACAAAGACAAUUCAAAAUUUUACAGAUUAAGAAUAUCAACAUAGUAGGUCAAAUUUGAAUGUGUUAUAAAAUAAUUACAUUUUACUUUGUAUAUAUCUUCAUACAGUUGCAUUUGGUCUUGAACCAAUGUGACAGAUACUAUCUUUGACUUCAUUGAAUGGAUGUUCAAUUUAUUCUGUUAUA